AUGUCAAGGAAAGUGAAAGCAUCUCAGCAGGACUUGUUCAAGAAGAUAACAGAAGAACAGGAGUAUGACGACUACCUGGUCACGGAAAGGGACGGCGAUGGCUCCAGCAUCAUGUCCUCUCUCUCCUUCGUGACACUCCGCGCAAAAGGGAAAACAGACAUGAAGCUCUUUGCGAAAUCUGCCGCUUGGAGUGCAAAAAUCCGAUUGAAUAACCCUGUUCUUUGUCCAUAUAGCAUCGAACUGUACUUUUACGAAACAUUGUGGAAGCAAUACGAGAGGCUAGAAGAAAUAUGCAGUGUCCCAAAGGAGCAUAGAUUCCGUAAACCGAAACUAUACGGAACCAGCUACGAAUAUCUGAACGAAACUCUAGUAAUAGAAGACUUGGUUGCAAAAGGUUAUGAAGAUUCCGAUAGACAGAAAUCUGCGGAUUUUGAAUACAUGUCAACGGGUAUCGCUUUGAUUGCGCAGUUUCAUGCACUUUCCUUGGCUUACUCCCAGUAUGACCCUGAAGCUUUUAAGAAAACCAGCGAAUAUUUGAGCAUGGACGAAUCUAAACUAGAAAUGUGGUUGGCAAGCGUUUCACCUAAAAUGCUGGCCAAUGCGUUCUCGGCCGCAGAAAAACAUAGAGAAAAACUUGAAAACUACUUUCAGACACCGAAGAGAUUCCAUCAACUAUUCAUGGGGUAUUACCGAAGGAGGAAUGACAACGUUUUGAUUCACGGGGAUUUCAAGCCAAGCAACUUGAUGCAUAGACGUAGAAAUGGGAAAUUAGAGUUAUGUGUCGUUGACUUUCAGUUGGUUCACGAUGCAAACGCUGUGGUUGAUCUUAUGUACUUUAUUUUUACUGCUACCGAUGAAUCAUUCCGUCGUGUUCACUACCAUGAAUUAUUGGAUCUUUACUAUGAGAAGCUGAAGGAAUCCUUGAUUAGACUUCGCGUCGACCCAGAGCAGGUAUAUUCGAAGAAUACUUAUAGAUUGCGUGUGGAAGAGAGUGCAAUGUUGGGUCUAGCUAUAGGCGUGGCGUUACUGCCUAUGGUGUUGGUGGAUGAAGACAAAACCCCUGCUUUUGAUGAGGAUGCGGAUAUGGACGAUUUUGCGGUGGAGGGCAACGCUCUUUUUAAAGAGCGUUUUAAUGGUAUACUUAAUAACUAUGUAGAGUGGGGACUGUUGUGA